CCUGACAACAACUUCCACUUCAAUCCAUCAAGACACCGAACUGUCGUCUACCGCUCGCUCGCUCCUCUCCACCAGACUCCCGCUCACCACCACCACCCCCUCAAUAUCCAAGCGACGACGACGCAUUUGCCCGAUUAGUGCGCCACGCGUCACCUGCCUCCUGCGGACAAGGCAACCAUAACACCGAGAGCACUUCGCACACCACACCCGAGCACACCCUCAGGCCGCAACUUGGGCAGUCGGCAAUGACGAGCAGACCACAAUUGAAGACGGAGCAACUUGACAUGGACAGCUUCUUCGACUUCAGCGACGCCAAUCAAGCCUCACCCACCGUCGCCUCGGCCUCCCAACCGGCCGACACCAUGUCGCCAUUCGAUAAGGAGGAGCAAAAGCAAUUCAGCGGGCCCAGCCACGAUUAUGGACAGUUCAAACAACAAGUUGGUCUGCCCGUCGGCAGUCUGGCCAAUCUCCCCCAGAGCGGAAUGUACGAUGGCUUCAACGCUGGCAUGGAUGGCGAGUUCAACUCGGCCUUUGGCUGGAACUCUGGCAUCGACAUGGACUCUGACAUGGCCAUGGACUUUGCCUCGCAACCGUCGCAGUCCAUGUACUACUCCAACGACGGACCAUCGGGCGUGUUUGUCGACCCCAACAGCGUUGGUGGGCAAGAACCCGCGAGCAACGUGGGCCGUCUAUGGCCCGGCAUGCAUUCACAGCAAGCACAGCAAGCCGCCAUGCAAAAGGCUGCUCAGGCUCAAGCCGUCCACCAAAGACAGAUGAAACUUCAAGCCCAGCAAGCCCAGUACCGCCAAGCCCCUGCCCCUGCCCCGACUGCGCCUGCGCCUCAGCAGUCGCAUGGCAAGCGCAGCUCGCAAGUCACCGAGCCCCACGUAGAGGAAUCCAUCUCGCGACUCCUGAACCAGAUGCGCCAGAACAAUGCCGGUGGAUCAGAUGAUGCCGGCUCGCCGUCUGAUGUUCUUCCCCACAUUGCUCGUAUGAAGAAGGAUGAAGAGGAGAUGGACGAGGACGAGCGAUUGCUUGCAUCUGAUGAGGGCAAGAAGCUGUCAAGCAAAGAGCGCCGCCAGCUAAGGAACAAGGUGUCUGCGCGUGCCUUCCGGUCUCGCAGAAAGGAGUAUAUUGGACAGCUUGAAGGCGAAGUCGCCAUGAAGACACAGGAGAGCAACAGCCUGCGCCAAGAAAACCAGGCUCUCCUGGAAGAGAAUGAGCGCUACCGCGGUCUCAUCGAGACUCUGCUCCGCCACCCAGCUUUCACUCCAUUCAUCAACGACAUUAGCCAAGAUCCUUCGGCUCUGGCCAACUCGCAGAUCAAGUCACGAUCACAGCAGCAGCAGCAGCAACAGCAACAACAACAACAACCCCAAUCGCAACAUCAAGCCCCGGUCCAUCCAACUCCUACUCCCCAGCAGUCACACUCCCACCCGCAACCGCAGCAACCUCAGCAGGAUAUAAAGCCAGAGUAUCUGAACUUUGAUGCUUCUCAGCUUCAGAUCCCGCAAGCUCAACCAGACCAGUCACAAGUCAAUCUUGCGAUGAUACCCGAGGAGAACUUCAGCAAACUUAAUCUCGGUGGCUUCCAACAACACUUUAACAACUUCAACCAGGUGAAUGCGUACGCAGUAACGAGUUUACCGGAACCGGAUCUUGUUGAUCUCUUGAAUGUCUCGCCUGCGCACUUGCCAUGCACUACAUCGGACUCCUCGACUACUUCUGGACUUGCUGUUUUGAUAGCCAAACUUGACAGAGCGGCACAAAAUAUAAAAGCCUAGGAAGAUAGGGCAAUCGUGGUGGGCAAAGACUGUCCCCAGAGCAUCAAAUGAUACCCACACCACAGCACAAUGUGACCUCAUUGUUGUCUCUAGUCUCGAGACAACAACUUCUGAAGCGGCGUUCUGGCCUGGUCUGUCAGCGUUCUAGUUUGGUUUCUUUUGCAUGUAGCCGAGUUAAUCGAUACUACUCCAAGAGUAAAUGACGAUCCAUCAUGUGUCCC